CUUUACAUUGGGUAUUGUAUUCUCUAUAUAAGUAUUGAAAUGCUUAGAAGACUUAUAAAAUCUUUCUUUUUCGAAUUUCAUUUGUGAGAGCAUUAACCUUCAUUUUGCUCUCUCUUUCCCGUUACUUUUCAUCGGCAAAUUCCUAGAUCGCAGAAUCCCUCCCUCUCAAAUCACUAUAAAAUCAUUGGGAACAGAAAAUUUGGGGCUUCGAUAAACAUACCUCAAGAGACAAAAGAGGGGAAACCCUAAUGGCAGAACAAGGAUUGGAAGGUAGUCAACCUGUGGAUCUGUCAAAACAUCCAUCUGGGAUCAUUCCUACUCUUCAAAAUAUUGUAUCAACUGUCAACUUGGACUGCAAGUUGGAUCUUAAAUCCAUUGCUUUGCAAGCUCGUAAUGCGGAGUACAACCCUAAGCGUUUUGCGGCAGUUAUUAUGAGGAUUAGGGAGCCAAAAACAACAGCUCUGGUGUUUGCUUCUGGAAAAAUGGUAUGCACUGGAGCGAAGAGUGAGCAGGACUCAAAACUAGCAGCUCGUAAGUAUGCGCGAAUCAUUCAGAAGCUGGGUUUUCCUGCCACUUUCAAGAAUUUCAGAAUCCAGAACAUAGUGGCAUCUUGUGAUGUUAAAUUUCCUAUCAGAUUGGAGGGGCUUGCCUAUUCUCAUGGUGCCUUUUCUAGUUACGAACCAGAACUAUUUCCUGGUCUGAUCUAUCGAAUGAAACAACCAAAGAUUGUGCUGCUUAUCUUCGUCUCUGGAAAGAUAGUUCUUACAGGAGCUAAGGUGAGAGAGGAAACCUACACCGCCUUCGAAAACAUAUAUCCAGUGCUUACUGAAUUUAAGAAAACUCAGCAAUGAAUUGGUCAUAGAACUCUGGCUGGCGUUGUGGGAAGUGUAAGGUCUACAAGAAUUUGUCUCCCAUCCAUGGAUAAUGUAUCAAGAUUCUUAAGUUGUAAAAUCAGUGCUGUAAAACGAGUGUGCUACAGAACCAGAAGCUGCACAUCUGAAUUUUGUUUUCAUGUUUCUUCUACCCUUCAAUGUUGAUAAAAUAUUUCUUAUAACAAGUAAAAAACUGGUUAUUGAAUAUCACAAAA